AUGCAAGCAUUCAUGUUUGCGAUUAGUAUUAUAUUAUUAGUAUUUAUACAACGAGUUGAAUCAACAUAUUAUGUUUAUACAUAUGAUGAUGGCAUUGGUAAUGACGAGCAUUGUUGUCUUGUACGAUUAGGUGAAAAUUUUUGUGUAGCAAAACCACUUACACGUAGUUUAUUACAAGUAAAUAAAGCAUGUCAACGAUUGGGUAUUAAUGAAAAAACUACAAAUGAUUUAAAUAAAAUUGUUCGUCGUUUAAAUGUUGAAAAAUCAGAAAAAAUUGGUGAUAAAAUACUUUUACAAUUACAAACACCAUUAGAUAAAAAUAUACUUAAAAAUGAUCUUUUAUGUUUAUCAUCAACAACAAAUAAUAUUAAUUUAGAAAAAUGUUUUGUUGAAUUAGCUGAUGAACAACAUAAAAAAAAGAAUAAAAAAGGUCAUCAUCAUCAUAGUGAACAAGGUAAAAAUGAAACAGCUGAUAAAGUAGUUAUUGAAGAAAAACCUACUAAUGAAAAAGAAAUUCGUCUUCUUGAAGUAUCUGAACCAAUACAAAUUCUUGAAGGACAUGGUCUUGUUUUUAAUCAAAUUUAUGAACUUAAUUUAACUAAUUUUCGACCAACAACAAAUCAACAACGUGAUUGUUGGUCAUGGUAUCGUACACAUACAAAAAAAUUAUGUAAUCAUCCAAGAAAUUUUAUGAAAACAUGUAUUUCUUUAAAUCAUCAACGUGAAAAAUGUAUUGAAAAACUUUUCUAUAAAAAAAUUAAUGAUGAACAACAAGAAUCAUAUUUAAAAAAUUCAAUUACAAUUGGUUCGAAAUUAUAUUGUGAAGAUGGUAAUAAACAAAACAAAUUUCUUGGUUAUCAUCAGCAAAGUCAAAUAUGUUUUUUAACACAUACACAAAUAUCAAUUCAACAUAAAUUUACUGAUUUUGUUAGUUUAUCCGAUAAAAAUAAAAAUAAAAAUGUACUUCAAUUUAUAUCAAAUGAUACAAAAUUAACAAAUGAAUUUGAACAUGAUUGUCAUGAUAAAGUAACAUUAGCUGAAAUAAAAAAAUCAUUAGAAAAACAAGCUGAAUCAAAUAUACCUGAUGAUAAUGCAUCACAACAAGAAUAA